UUUGUUUUUGAAUUUGUAUCUAUUUGUGUGACAUUUCUAAUGCUCCAAGAGGAAUUGGCACAGGAAAGCAUAAAUUGGGAAAUAUUUGUUUUCAUUUUAAUGAUUAUGUUUUGGACAUAUAUUGAUCUUUUCAUGGUUUGUUACUUUGGUGAAGAACUGACGACUGCAUUUGAAGAAUUAACCAAUGAGAUUUAUCGAUGUGAAUGGAAUUUAUUUCCAAAUUGUGUGCAACGAAUUUUACCGAUUGUCUUGCAAAUUUCUCAACAGCCCGUUCAAAUUAAGGGAUUUGCUUCUUUUGUAUGCUCACGUGAUACAUUUAAGAAAGUUGUCAACGGUGGAUAUUCUUACUUCACGAUUCUUCGUAAGUUUCAAUGAAGAGAUCAAUGGCAAUCAAACUAUGGCAAUCAAAAUAUUUUGUACCUAUUUUGAUAAUUAAUACUAUUAUU